GCGAGGCGCGGCGCAUGCGCAGAAGGCCGGGCGCCAUCCUCGGCGGCGGCGCUGCUGCUGAGGGGAGUAACGGCGCGAUGCCCCGCGACCACAACAUGGCGGCCUGCCUGAUCCAGCGGGUGGCCCGCCAGGCCCGCCUCACCUUCUGCAACGGCGGCAACGGUGGCGGGGACGGGCCGCGCUUCGGGGAGAACCUGCAGCGGCUGCAGGAGCUGGUGGGCGAGGUGCGGGCCGAGGACCUGCGCCUGUCCCCGCGAGGCCCCUCGGCCGUGCCGGGCCCCGUGCAGCCCCCGGCCAGCUACAUGCACAUCUGCGAGACGGAGGGCUUCAGCAUGGGCGUCUUCCUGCUCCGCGCCGGGGCCCGCAUCCCGCUCCACGACCACCCGGGCAUGCACGGGCUGCUCAAGGUGCUCUACGGCACGCUCCGCAUCGCCUCCUUCGACGCCCUCGACGAGGCCUCGUCUUCCGAGCCCUCUCCCGGGCCUGGCCCCACCCGCCGGCGCCGCAAGGCCCUGCUGCGCGCGCACCGCCUGCACACGCCGGCCUCGGGGCCCUGCCGCCUGGCGCCCCAGGCUCACAACCUGCACCAGAUCGAGGCCGAGGGCGGGCCCGCCGCCUUCCUCGACAUCCUGGCGCCGCCCUACGACCCCGAGCACGGGCGCGACUGCCACUACUACCGCCUCCUGGAAGGACAGCCCCUGCCCCCGCCCUCCGAGGAGCCCCACGGCCUGCCCAGGGAGGUCUGGCUGCAGGAGGCCCCCCAGGCCCCCGACUUCUGGUGCGGAGGGGAGCCCUACACCGGGCCGCGCGUCUCUCCCUGAACGAGGGAGGGGGGACAGACAGGGCCCGGCCUGCAAACCCCAUUUGCCCCUCCCAGGGGUCCAGCAGUGCAGCAGGGAGGGGGUCUGCACCUCCUCUGAGUCUCCCGGUGGGUCCAGGCUCAUGGGACUAAAUGUCUUCUCAAGAUCCAUCAGGAAAUCGUAUCUCUCACUUCUGAUGGCUAGCAGUGGAACAGGAAGGGGUCUCCCCCAUGUCACAAUCUCCCCAUGAAGGGUAGCACUGGGCCCAGGCCCAUGGGACUAAAUGUCUUCUCAAGAGACAUCGGGAAAUCUUAUGUCUCCCUUCUGAUGACCAGCAAUGGAGCAGGAAGGGUUCUCCCUCAUGUCACAAUCUCCCCAUGAAGGGUAGCACUGGGCCCAGGCCCAUGGGACUAAAUGUCUUCUCAAGAUCCAUCAGGAAAUCGUAUCUCUCACUUCUAAUGACCAGCAAUGGAGCAGGAAGGGUUCUCCCCCGUCACAGUCUCCCCUUGAAGGGCAGCACUGGGCCCAGGCCCAUGGGACUUCCUAUCUUCUCAAGAGACAUCAGGAAAUCUUAUGUCUCCCUUCUGAUCACCAGCAAUGGAGUAGGAAGGGGUCUCUCCCAUGUCACAAUCUCCCCAUGAAGGGCAGCACUGGGCCCAGGUCCAUGGGACUUCCUAUCUUCUCAAGAGACAUCAGGAAAUCCUGUGUCUCCCUUCUGAUGACCAGCAAUGGAGCAGGAAGGGUUCUUCUCCAUGUCACAGUCUCCCCUUGAAGGGCAGCACUUGGCCUUGCCUCCAUCACGUACUGUCCCUCCUUAGUGACACCAGGAAAUCUCUCUAUCCCCUCCCAGGGACCCAGCAGUAGAGAGGAAGGGGAUCUGCCCUGUGUCUGAGUCUCCCCUUGAAGGGCAGCACUGGGCCCAGGCCCAUGGGACUUCCUCUGUUCUCAAGAGACAUCAGGAAAUCUCUUAUCUCACCCUUCUGAUGGCCAGCAGUGGAUGAAAGAGGAGUUUGCCCCAUGUCUGAGUCUCCCCUUGAAAGGCAGCACUUGGCCUUGCCUGCAGCACGUAGGGCCCCUUUUCAGAAACACCAGACAUGGGCAAACUUCGGCCCUCCAGGUAUUUUAGGCCUUAACUCCCACAAUUCCUAACAGCCAGUAGGCUGUUAGGAAUUGUGGAAGUUGAAGCCCAAAACACCUGGAGGGCCGAAGCUUGCCCAUGCCUGCUGCAGAGAAUCCCUCUUUCCCAUCCCUGAUGUCCAGCACUGAAGGAGGAAAGGGGUCUCCCCCAUGUCUGAGUCUCCCCUUGAAGGGCAGUGCCGAGCCCAGCCUGCUAUCUUCUCAAGAUACAUCAAGAAAUCUCUUAUUUCUCCCUUCUGAUGGUCAGUAGUGGAGAAAAGAGGGGUCUGCCCCAUUUCUGAGUCUCUCCUUGAAGGGCAGCACAUGACCCAAGCCCACAGGGUUCCCCCUUCAGAGACACCAGGCAAUGCCUUUUUCUCCUCCAAGCAGUGGAGGAGAAAGGGGGGCUCCCCCAAGCCAAUCCAUCCAAGAGGUUUGAGAUAUGCUGCUUCUAUACUGAGGGUUUUGAAGCUGCUACAAUCCUGUUUUUAACCUGACUUUUUGAAGAAUUGUAAUCACAAUGACAGUAUAGUUCUUGCAUCAAGAGAACGAACACAGUAGUGGAGGAGAAAGAGAAUCUGCCCCAUGCCCAUUCAUCCGGGAGAUUUCAGAGUUACUGCUGCUCUUAUACUGAGGAUCUUGAAGCCAUCAAACCCUGCUUUUCCCCCGGCCAGAUGCUUUUAAAGGAAUUGUAAUGGUAGCAACUGCAUAGGUCUCUUUGCAUCAAGAGAACUGCAUUGGUUCCUCAACAUCUCGGCCUGUCAUGUGCAUCUGGCUCAGCGUGAUCCUGGCAAUCAAAGCUCACUGGUUAAAAGGAAAAGAGGGCACAUUUACUGACAGUGUCUCUUCGGAUAGAAGAACAGUGGGUCUUUCACACCUGUUUUGAGUCCUGUCCCACUCAAAUGGUAGAUGUUCAUGCAAUUUUUUUUUUUUGAAAAUUGGGUUUUGGUUCUUCUUCCACUCAGAUUCAUAGUAGUACAAAAGCAGAAACACUUUGAGACCCUUCUUUUGCAGGGGCAAUAAUACAGACUAAGCUGCUUUGAUGUGGACCAUUUUCGGUUUAGUGAAAGAAACAGCAUCCACCAUUCGGUUCAGUUUUUAACCUGUGCCCCUUUUCUGUCUAAGAAGGUACAAAAUUGAGGGACUACCCUUCCAAUUAUGGGGGUCCCUGUACAUUUAUUAGAAACCAACUGACGUGACAGAAUGGAAAAAACACUCAUAUUCACUUUGGUCUGUGAACCUUCCUCUUUUACUACAGCUGAAAAAGAAGAAAGGCAAUACGAUUUUUUUGUGGCUUACUAAUUAUAUGCCAUGUGAAGGUCCAAACAAUUUCCCGUAGUUCCUAUAGUUGAUUGAAUGGGUUGAGGUUUUACAUCUGAUAGGGAUAUUAUCCUAAUACCUUUCUCCAGAAUGGUUUUAGGAGAAAAAAUGUGUUGAAGAGGCAAGAUGCCACAUUGGUGGUGGAAGCACAGAAUCAUUUGGGAUGUUGCCAGGUUAAGAGAUGAUCUUUGAAAUUACUGAUGUGUUGAGAGAAUGCUUUCUAGAUAUUAAAAAUGGGAAAUCCCGAUUAUCUGUUGUGAUUUCUUUAGCAAAGUGGCAACAAUGUUUUUCCUAGUAGAUUUUACUGCAAAGAUUUAUUUCACAGUAUUUUUGAGGAGGAGCAUUACGCAACACAAGAACAGAUGGUGUUUUUCGCAAUUGGUGAUAAUAGUCUUAGUUUCUGGCACAACUUCUAGCAAAUAUAAAAUCUACCACAUUAUAGUCACUGGCUGAUUCUGGCUUGACCUUUGUUGUUUUUCUAACCAGAGCUACCCCUUUGUGCACAUCAAUGUUGUACUGAAGUAAUGUACUUUUCCUUUUUACUAUUUAUAGAGUUACUUUGCACAACUUUUAUUAAAAGAGGAGAAAAUGGA